AUCAUGUCCACAGAUGGCAGCUUUGGUGCAGGGGGCAACAGUGACGCCCAGCAAUGCCUUCAGUCUUUCUGGCCGCGGGUCAUGGAAGAGAUUCGGAACUUAACUGUGAAAGACUUUAGAGUCCAGGAGCUUCCCUUGGCACGCAUUAAGAAGAUCAUGAAACUUGAUGAAGACGUGAAGAUGAUCAGUGCUGAAGCACCUGUGCUGUUUGCCAAGGCUGCUCAGAUAUUCAUCACGGAGUUGACAUUGCGGGCAUGGAUACACACAGAAGACAACAAACGCAGGACUUUGCAGAGAAAUGACAUUGCCAUGGCCAUAACCAAGUUUGAUCAGUUUGAUUUUCUCAUCGACAUUGUUCCAAGGGAUGAGCUUAAACCUCCCAAACGCCAGGAGGAGGUGCGUCAGGCUGUGACUCCAGCAGAACCCGUCCAGUACUACUUCACGCUCGCUCAGCAGCCUGCUGCCGUCCAGGUCCAGGGGCAGCAGCAAGGGCAACAGACAACCACCGCCACAACCACCAUCCAACCUGGGCAGAUCAUAAUCGCACAGCCUCAGCAGGGGCAGACCACCCCUGUGACCAUGCAGGUGGGCGAGGGCCAGCAGGUGCAGAUUGUCCAGGCGCAGCCACAAGGACAGACGCAGACGGCACAGAGUGGGACUGGGCAGACGAUGCAAGUGAUGCAGCAGAUCAUCACCAACACGGGCGAAAUCCAACAAAUACCGGUUCAGCUCAACGCUGGCCAGCUACAGUAUAUCCGUUUGGCUCAGCCCGUGUCUGGCACUCAGGUGGUCCAGGGCCAGAUCCAGACGCUCACGGCCAACACACAGCAGAUUGCACAGACAGAGGUUCAACAGGGACAACAGCAAUUCAGCCAGUUUACUGACGGACAGCAGCUGUACCAGAUUCAGCAAGUGACCAUGCCUGCCGGCCAGGAUAUCACCCAACCCAUGUUUAUCCAAUCCACUAAUCAGACGGCAGAUGGACAGGCCCCCCAGGUCACAGGAGACUGAGGUGGCCCAGCUGGUAGGACAGAACUGGCACCAACUGAGUUGCCACGCUGCCAGCCUGGUCCGAAGAUGCUUCUCAACCCUGUUCACCCCCCUCCCCCACCCCACAGAUCCCUUACCCAAUUGUAUAUCUUCCUUUUAUCCAAAGCCAUCAAGGGCUGUGAUCUGUAAUUGAAUUAUACGAACUGCUUCAGUCUGUUGGGAGGGAGAGAUAUCCUCCAAAUGGACAAUAAUGCAAUAUUUUUCUUCCUUGUUUUUUUUGUGGGCUUUUUUGUUUGUUUUUGAAAGAAAUUGCUAAUUCUACAUUGCUCUGUAAUUCCACCUGGUACCCGCUUUUCUUUUAAACAAAAAGGGAUUUGCCAAGCAUUAUGGUUAUUCUACUUCCUGUUAAUUCAAUGCCCUGCCAUCUUUUCUUUGUCUUCCUCUGACCAGUGAACUUUUGUCUUGUAUUGUUGCCCUUACUUAGCAUUAGGCAAACACAUUCUAUCUUUGUAAUUCAGUAAGACUGGGUCAGCGUGUGUGUGUGUGUGUGUGUGUGUUAUAUGAGUGUGUGUAAGGAAGGGGUUUCCCAGUUUUUUGUAAAAGGAAUUCCUAUGCCUAAGUAUUGGUAUUUGCAGCUUCGAAAAGAACUAAAAGCCCUCCCCACCUGCCAUUCCUGUUUAAAUCUAUUUUCUAAAAGCUUUAAAGGUGGCUUGACACUAUUUUGGAAUCACUUGAGAGAAUUCGGACACAAAAAUAUAAGUUAUUGGUUAACUGUAUAAAGUCAGUGCAUGUAUUUAAAAGCUGCAUGAAAUGCAAUAAACUUUUUUUA